UGAUGAAGCAAUUGGGAAUCAUUUGCUCACACUCGUGGAGGAUUCCUCAGUUGAUACCGUGAGUAAAAUGUUGGAAUUAGCAUUGCAAGGGAAAGAGGAAAGAAAUGUAGAGUUUGAAAUAAAAACACAUGGGCCGUCAGGAGAUUCUAGUCCAAUCAGCUUAAUUGUGAAUGCAUGUGCAAGCAGGGAUGUUGGAGAUAGUGUUGUGGGUGUAUGUUUUAUUGCUCAGGAUAUAACAGGACAAAAAAAUAUUAUGGACAAGUUCACCCGGAUUGAAGGUGACUAUAGAGCUAUUAUCCAAAAUCCUCACCCAUUGAUCCCACCAAUAUUUGGCACUGAUCAAUUCGGCUGGUGUUCUGAGUGGAACUCGGCAAUGACAAAGUUAACUGGAUGGCGGCGUGAUGAUGUUAUUGAUAAAAUGCUAUUAGGGGAGGUUUUUGGGACACAGGCAGCUUGUUGCCGUCUCAAGAAUCAAGAAGCUUUUGUAAAUUUUGGAGUUGUACUAAACAAUGCUAUGACUGGUCAAGAGUGUGCGAAGAUAUCUUUUGGUUUCUUUGCACGUAAUGGGAAAUACGUAGAGUGCUUACUUUGUGUGAGCAAAAGGUUGGAUAGAGAGGGUGCAGUCACGGGACUCUUUUGUUUCCUGCAGCUUGCAAGCCAUGAGCUGCAACAAGCUCUUCACAUUCAACGAUUAUCAGAACAAACUGCAUUGAAGAGGUUGAAAGUAUUAGCUUACAUAAGGAGGCAGAUUAGAAACCCUCUUUCUGGAAUUAUAUUCUCUCGGAAAAUGCUGGAGGGGACUAACUUGGGCGAAGAGCAGAAAAAUAUACUGCGUACUAGUUCCCAGUGUCAGCGUCAGCUCAACAAAAUUCUUGAUGAUACAGAUCUUGAUAGCAUCAUUGAUGGUUAUUUGGAUCUGGAGAUGCUCGAGUUCAAGCUGCACGAAGUAUUAGUGGCAUCUAUUAGUCAAAUCAUGAUGAAGAGCAAUGGAAAGAAUAUAAUGAUUGUGAAUGACAUGGUUGAAGAUCUUCUCAAUGAAACUUUAUACGGAGAUAGUCCGAGGCUUCAACAGGUCUUAGCUAACUUUUUGUUAGUAUGCGUGAAUUCUACACCAAGUGGUGGUCAGCUUAGUAUUUCAGGCACAUUAACAAAAGAUCGCAUAGGAGAAUCUGUUCAGCUUGCUCUCUUGGAAGUCAGGAUAAGCCACACAGGGGGAGGAGUGCCAGAAGAACUGCUAAGCCAAAUGUUCGGUACUGAGGCCGAAGCAUCUGAAGAAGGGAUCAGCUUACUCAUCAGCAGAAAGCUGGUGAAGCUGAUGAAUGGGGAAGUUCAGUACCUAAGAGAGGCGGGGCGAUCAACUUUCAUUAUAUCCGUUGAACUUGCAGUGGCUACCAAGUCAAGCUGCUGAUGAUUUCAGGAACCUUUCAAACUAGUAGAUCUGUAUAGUGAAAAAGGAUUUCAAGUUAUCUGUGUUUGGAGAUCUUGCUGUCUUGUGAUGUUCCUCCUCUUUGGCACCCUCGGGUUCUUUUUAAUAAGUUUCUUGAACUAUUGCAUCUUCAACAUUUCAGCAUUUCCAGUUUCAUUAUAAUUCCAUGUGCAAUCAGAAAUUUUUAUCACUUUUGGGAGGCA